UUACUUCUUCUGAGUGUUUGAAACCCAAAGUCAAUUCUUUUUUCUGAAAUUCUCUCUACUUGCUCAAGGAAUCUUGAUAAAAUCGGUUAUGUAGACAACGACGAAAGGAACCUUAAGGGGACCUCAAAGACGCUUGGUCUUGCUGGUUCUUGAAGUACUUCAACAUCAAAGAACAAGUCACUGAAUAAUUUGAUUGGUAGGCUUUGGUGGAUACAAGAGAAAGAGAUUGUUUUGAUAUGGAAGGUGGUCGUGGUGGUGGAGAUGGCAAUUUCUUACCCAACUCUAACUUUGGUGCAUUCUCUGAGUCGGCUAUGGAUAUGGAUUUCAUGGAUGAACUCUUCUUUGAUGGAUGUUGGCUUGAGACAACAGAUGGUAAGAGCUUCAAGCAGACCAUGGGACAACCAGUUUCUGAUUCUACCAUCAUGAAUGAUAACAACAACAACUCCAACAACAACAACUCUUACCUUUACGGUUAUCAAUAUGCUGAGAACCUUUCACAAGAUCAUAUAUCAAAUGAAGAAACAGGGAGAAAGUUUCCUCCAAUAACACCGAGCUUUCUCAAGAUCGAGGAUCUCUCCAAUCAGCCGAUGAAUCAAGUACCUUUUGACCAGUCUGCAGUUAUGAGUUCUGCGCAAGCAGAGAAGUUUCUCCUUGAAGAAUCUGAGGGAGGAAGAAGAUAUUGGAUUGCUCCAAGAACAAGCCAAGGUCCUUCUUCAUCAGUGAAAGAUAGAUUAGUACAAGCUAUAAAGGGUCUUAACGAGGAGGUGCAAGAUAAAGACUUCCUCAUACAGAUAUGGCUACCAAUUCAACAAGAAGGCAAGAACUUUCUCACAACUUCGGAGCAGCCACACUUCUUUAACCCGAAAUACUCGAGUCUUAAAAGAUACAGAGAUGUUUCAGUGGCUUAUAAUUUCCUGGCUGAUGAGGAUUCUAAAGAGUCUGUGGGUCUCCCCGGUCGUGUUUUUCUUGGGAAAUUACCUGAGUGGACACCUGAUGUGCGGUUCUUUAGAAGCGAAGAGUAUCCGCGAAUCAAAGAAGCAGAGAAAUGUGAUGUUCGUGGAUCAUUAGCCCUUCCUGUGUUUGAAAGAGGUAGUGGUACUUGUUUGGGUGUUGUUGAGAUUGUUACAACAACUCAGAAGAUGAACUACAGGCCAGAGCUUGAUAAUAUUUGUAAAGCUCUCGAGUCUGUUAAUCUAAGGAGUUCAAGAAGCUUGAAUCCUCCAAGCAGAGAGUUUCUGCAGGUCUAUAAUGAAUUCUACUAUGCUGCAUUACCUGAGGUAUCAGAGUUUUUGACAUUGGUCUGCAGAUUAUAUGACCUGCCUCUGGCUUUAACGUGGGCACCGUGUGCUCGGCAAGGCAAAGUUGGAUCCCGCCAUUCUGAUGAGAACUUCUCUGAGUGUGUUUCAACUGUAGAUGAUGCUUGCAUUGUCCCUGAUCAUCAGAGUCGUCAUUUUCUAGAGGCAUGUUCUGAACACCAUCUGCUUCAAGGGGAAGGCAUUGUGGGAAAAGCAUUCAAGGCAACCAAACUGUUUUUCGUGCCCGAAGUAACCACUUUUAGCAAGACCAACUACCCUCUUGCACACCAUGCUAAGAUCUCCGGUCUACAUGCUGCUCUAGCAGUCCCGUUGAAAAACAAAUUCAAUAGUUCGGUUGAGUUUGUGUUGGAGUUUUUCUUUCCAAAAGCUUGCCUUGACACCGAAGCGCAACAAGAAAUGCUCAAGUCACUGUCUGCGACCCUUCAGCAGGAUUUCAGGAGCUUAAAUCUUUUCAUUGAUAAAGAGCUUGAGCUAGAAGUUGUAUUUCCCGUUAGAGAGGAAGUAGUUUUUGCAGAGAAUCCACUUCUUAACGCAGGAACCGGAGAGGAUAUGAAACCUUUGCCUUUGGAAGAUAUUUCUCAGGAAGAUUCUUCAUGGAUCUCCCACAUGAUAAAGGCAAAUGAGAAAGGUAAAGGCGUGUCACUUUCUUGGGAGUACCAAAAAGAAGAGCCAAAAGAAGAGUUUAUGCUUACAUCUGGAUGGGAUAACAAUCAGAUUGGAUCAGGCCACAAUAACUUUCUUUCAGAAGCUGAGCAGUUUCAGAAGGUGUCAAAUUCAGGACUCAGAAUCGACAUGGAUCCAAGUUUUGAAUCAACUUCCUUUGGUGUGGGGCAGACAUUACUAGGCAGUAGAAGACCAGGUGAGAAGAGAAGAACAAAAACAGAAAAGACAAUUGGUUUAGAAGUUCUUCGACAAUACUUUGCAGGAAGCCUCAAAGAUGCAGCCAAGAGCAUUGGUGUCUGUCCAACUACCUUGAAAAGAAUAUGCAGACAACACGGGAUAACACGGUGGCCUUCUCGGAAGAUCAAGAAAGUGGGGCAUUCAUUAAAGAAACUCCAACUUGUUAUAGACUCUGUUCAAGGUGUUCAAGGCUCUAUCCAACUUGAUUCAUUCUACACAAGUUUCCCAGAAUUAAGCUCCCCACAUAUGUCUGGUACUGGCACUUCCUUCAAGAAUACAGACCAGUCAAGGAAUCUAAAUGCUCAAACCGAGAAUGGUGUUUCAGUACAGGGGACUGCUGCAGCUCCAAAGUCACCACCAUCAUCUUCUUGUAGCCACAGCUCUGGAUCAAGCACAUGUUGCUCAACUGGAGCUAAUCAAAGCACCAACACCGGAAAUACCUCAAAUACUGUAACCACUCUGAUGGCUGAAAAUGCUAGCGCGAUCUUGAAGAGAGCUCGUAGCGAGGUGAGACUGCAUACCAUGAAUCAAGAUGAAACAAAGUCCCUGUCUAGAACCCAGAGCCACAAAACAUUCAGUGAACAUCCUCUUUUCGAAAAUCCACCUCGGUUACCGGAGAAUAGUAGCAGGAAGUUGAAAGCUGGAGGGGCCUCAAAAGUGAAAGCCACAUUUGGUGAGGCCAAAGUACGGUUUACUUUGCUCCCUACAUGGGGCUUCAGAGAGUUGCAGCAUGAAAUUGCUAGGCGUUUUAACAUAGAUAAUAUUGCACCCUUUGAUCUAAAGUACCUGGAUGAUGACAAGGAAUGGGUUCUUCUGACAUGUGAAGCGGAUCUCGAGGAAUGUAUCGACAUUUAUAGAUCAUCACAGAGCCGCACGAUCAAGAUAAGCGUUCAUGAAGCUUCUCAAGUCAAGCUGGGAGGUUCUUUUGGUAGCAUCGGUCUUGGUCCUUCGUUAUAAGCAAUCAGGUAAAAGGUUGUCACCUGCAAGAAAAGAGCAGGAGAUUCGACUAAUUUACUAGUGUGUUAGAAAAAUAUUACUCACCAUUUGAUAGCAAUAGGGCAUCUCGUUUGUAAACAUAUUUUCAGUGCCCCCAUUUUGCAAGCAGCAAGUAGUGGACUGGUUUCCUGCAUCGGCUUAGCAGAUUUUUUGUAUAAUAAGGCGAUGCGUAUACC